CGCGUUUUGAUGCGCCUUUUUGAAAUCUAGGCAAUAAGUUGAAUGUGCUUGCUGAGCUGGUCAAAUGCGCCGUGUCACAACAUUUAUUAUCUGCUGCUUUCCAGUCAAAAAAGCAUUCUGAACUGCGCAACCUUGCAACUGAAUGGUGCCCUCCUGAUCUCAUCGGUUUUCCAAUCUCUUUCUCCAUAUUCAUCAACGCCAAUUCUUCUGGAACUUUGUUACUUUACCACCGUCGGCAACUACUCAUGGAAAUUUUGCACGUCUUCCGCGUUAUGCUCGUGUAUCAAAUCAUUGAACGAAAUCACCCCAAAACCCAACUGGUUCAUCCCUGUGUGUUGGUGCCAACCCCGGCCCUUACUCUCCAACUUCCCUUGCAUCUUCGCCGGGGAUGCUAUGGUGGCUUUUCGCCCCGAGUCAGCUCUUGCAAUGGCGCACCACACUUGUGGUUGCGCUCGCUCCCCGACUGGUUGGUCGAUCACAUCACCAGAAGUGAAGAUUGCUUCUUCAGAGCUUCGACAGCGAGCUCAGCAAGUGCAUAGGCACUAUCUCGUGAGGUUAUCGAGCGCAAAUGAUGAUUUGGGCCGGGCUCACCAUGCCUUGCUGAGGGCAUGGACGACGUCUCCGUAUGUAGGGCGCCGGCGCUGUGUUACGUCUCGAGUGAGGCGUGAUUAACAAUAACUAGGAACUACGCAAAAUGUCUACUCAUUCUACUGAGCACAGAUGGGAGUGGAAACCAACCGUUGAAAAUCGGGAUAAUAAACGUAGCAUCUACGAAAUAUAAAGAAAGGGUCGAAUACACAGCAGAGGCAAUGCGCGCGUCGGCACCGGUCGUUUGCUCUACACUAAAAUUGUUAUAAUAAAAGAAGUACGCUAACAGCAACAUAUUAUCUAAAUUGGGCAGAGCUAUUUAGAUAACUGUGAUUUAGGUGAAUGGCCCAGACGUCUGGCUAGGUUCCUUGGUAUUACAGGAUAAGCAUAUUAAUUGGAAAUGGUUUCCAUGUUGUGUAUGUAAUGCGGAUGGUUCUAUUUUAAUGUCACAGCACACGAAGUAGAGGGAAACAGUAGAGUG